ACGUUGACAGCUAAGUUUGACAUUCCUUCAUUCCUCUUUCCUUUCCCUCUCCCAUUAUAUUUCCGUAAUCCUCUUCCAACCCAUAUUCAAAGAUGUUAAUAAUUCACGCCCUAUAAUAAUUUACAUUCUUAUAUGACAUCAGUGGUCGGGCGAAACCUAAUGGCGGUAGUCAAAGGCGUUCGUUUUCAACGCUUAUUAAAGACAGGUGCAGCUCCCCACAGUGUGCGGACGGUGACCUCAUCACCACGGACCCGCGCUAGUCAUUAUGACGUCUUGGAAAUCACUCCAAAGGCAACACAAAAUGAUAUCAAAUCAGCCUAUUACAAAUUAUCAAAAAUAUACCACCCGGAUAAGUCUAGCGAUGAAGCCUCGGCAAGGAAAUUUCGAGCUAUAACUGAAGCAUAUGAGGUAUUGGGCAAUGUCAAUUUAAAGAAAAUGUAUGAUAAAGGGCUCAUAGGUGGUAGUGGUAGAGUCCACAAACCCCCAGUGGAGUUUCACCAACCUGAACCAGAGCCAGAUGACCCUACCCUAAGGUUCUACAAGGCUCAUGCCAACCGACGAGUCAUACCUACUAUUGAUGGCCGGACACCCAUUUAUGACUUUGACACUUGGUCAAAAAAUCACUAUGGUGACUUGUUUAAAAAAUCCCAAUAUGAAAGAGAACUUCUCAGGAAGAAACAAUACAAGCAAAUGGAUAAAAUGAAAUCAAAUCAGCAAGAAACCUUAAUUUAUCUAAUAUUUGCCCUGGGAGGGUUGUUCAUUUUGUUAGUAGUACAAGGGAAAGAGGAUUAUGAUAGGGAUAUACUAGCUACUAAAGAACCAACCAAAAUAGCAGAAGAAACUCCUGUUAAGGAUUAAGAAAUUUCUAGUUGAUAGUAUAAAUUAUUACAUAAAUCAUGUUGUUUUAAAUUAGUUGGUGAAAUUGACUUCAUAUUUUACGUAGUAUAAUAUUUUCUUUCAAAAAACAUAUAAGAAUACAUUCAUUGUAUAUAUUGUACAUACCUUGAUAGAUAUAGAAAAAUUGUGAUAUUAUGCAGAAAGAGAUAUUUAUAUCUCUAUGGUUGUAACCACACUCACCUUGACUAGGCGGGCAUUGCACAUUUCCCAGCUUUACCAGUCAAUAAAUCUAUAUUUAAAUCUAGAAAUUAGAAAGUUGUUUUAAAGUAAAUAUAUUUUAAUUUCA